ACCCGCUUCGAAUCGAUCCGUAAUGAGCAAGCGGCAAAGGGUUUGAGUCCAUAUGGGCCGUUCAGGGACCAGGAAGAGUGGGACCUCUCGCGUUGGCUCAUGCAGAACGUCACGCAGACGGCCGUCGACGAGUUCCUCAAGCUAGACAUCACGCGAAACCGUACUCAGCCGAGCUUUACCAGCUCGUACACAUGGCUCAAAAAGAUAGACGACCUGCAUGUUGGUCCUGAUGGACGUCGACUCAGCCCUGAGUGGCAAUGUGUCCGCGUGUCAGCCACUGGAGACAAGAGAGCAGAAGAUGACGAACCGGAUGAGGACACGUUUGAGAUGUGGAUGCGCGAUCCGGUGGAGGCUGUUCGUGAGCUGAUAGGCAAUCCAGCUCUCAAGGAUCACCUAGCCUAUGCUCCUGAGCGUGUCUACAUGGAUGCUGGCGGGCAGAACCGGAAGCUAGAUGAGAUG